AGCGAGCUUCCCCAGCCAGCCUGUAGGUGGGUGUGUUUAACAGAAGGAAGCAAUGGGAACCCGCCUGUCAGCCAGCCUUUCGAGCUAAUUAGCUCAGCCUACAACAAAGAUAAGUGAGCCUGGGAAGAGGGCCCCCUGAGGGGUCUUUAGAUUCUGGGAAAUGUCUGAUUGGCAGAUGUUAAAAGGGAUUCUUUGGUAAUCCAGUGCAUCAAUGAGCUGCACAAAUUCAGUCCAGGACUGCAAGAAUUCAGGCAUGAGGACACUCUGUGCAGGAGGCUCGCACAGGCAGACCCAAGAUGGACAGAACCUUGGAAUCUCUGAGACACAUCAUUGCCCAAGUCUUGCCUCACAGAGACCCAGCUCUAGUCUUCAAAGACUUGAAUGUUGUGUCAAUGUUACAGGAGUUUUGGGAGAGCAAGCAGCAGCAGAGGGCUGCGUUCCCCAGUGAAGGCGUGGUGGUCUACGAGUCGCUGCCAGCCCCUGGACCUCCCUUUGUGAGUUAUGUGACUCUCCCAGGAGGAAGCUGUUUUGGCAACUUUCAGUGCUGCUUAAGUAGAGCGGAGGCCAGACGAGAUGCAGCUAAAGUGGCCCUAAUCAACUCCCUCUUCAACGAGCUGCCCUCCCGCAGGAUCACCAAGGAAUUCAUUAUGGAAAGUGUGCAGGAGGCAGUAGCCUCUACCAGCGGCACUUUAGAUGAUGCAGAUGACCCCAGCACUAGCAUUGGCGCCUAUCACUACAUGCUGGAGUCAAACAUGGGGAAGACCAUGCUGGAGUUUCAGGAGUUGAUGACCAUUUUUCAACUAUUGCACUGGAAUGGAAGCCUAAAAGCCCUUCGUGAAACAAAGUGUUCCCGACAGGAAGUAAUCUCCUACUAUUCCCAGUAUUCCCUAGACGAAAAGAUGCGCAGCCACAUGGCCCUGGACUGGAUCAUGAAGGAACGGGAGUCACCAGGGAUUCUCUCUCAAGAGCUACGAAUGGCCCUGAGGCAGCUGGAGGAAGCCAGGAAAGCAGGACAAGAACUCCGGUUUUACAAAGAAAAGAAAGAAAUCCUGAGCUUAGCCUUGACUCAGAUCUAUAGUGACCCUGACACGUCCUUGCCCGGUGAUGAUCAGCUGAGCCUCGCGGCCCUGUGUGGCUAUCACUAGUAGGGCCAGGCCCCAGGUACCUCAAGGAUGGCAGAGGCUGGACUCUAACACUAGGAAACUCAGUGAAGGAGGUCCUUCCUCAAGGGCAUUAGCAUUUCUGGCUGCUACCCGAGAGCUGUACGAAUUCUCUCCACCCAUCCAUUCACAGAAUAGGAGAGUUGU